AACAAGACUUAGCAGCAGCUGCCCCACCGGCUUACUGUACACAUGACAGGAUCCAGGACAGCAGGACCAAGCCAGCAGUUGCAGCCUGAGCCCACUGCAGACCGGCCUGGCCAUCCUGAACAAUGCUGUUCACCCUGUACAUCUGUCUCCUCUGGCUGUCUACCAGUGGGCUCUGGACCAUCCAGGCUAAGGACCCUGACACUGACAUGAGCAUGAGGAACCCUCACCGGCACUUGGCUCCAAACAACGUUGACUUUGCCUUUACCCUGUAUAAGCACUUAGUGGCCUCAGCUCCGGGCAAGAAUGUCUUCAUCUCCCCUGUGAGCAUCUCCACAGCCUUGGCUAUGCUGUCCCUGGGUGCCAGAGGCUACACACGGGAGCAGCUUCUCCAAGGCCUGGGCUUCAACCUCACUGAGAUGUCUGAAGCUGAGAUCCACCAGGGCUUCCGGCAUCUCCACCACCUCCUCAGGGAGUCAAACACCACCUUGGAAAUGAUCAUGGGCAAUGCCAUGUUCCUUGACCACAGCCUGGAACUUCUGGAGUCAUUCUCAGCAGACACCAAGCACUACUAUGAGUUGGAGGCCUUGACUGCAGAUUUCCAGGACUGGGCAGGAGCCAGCAGACAAAUCAACGAGUAUAUCAAAAAUAAGACGCACGGGAAAAUUGUGGACUUGUUCUCGGAGCAAGAUAGCUCAGCCAUGCUCAUCCUGGUCAACUACAUCUUCUUUAAAGGCACGUGGGCACACUCCUUCAACCCGGAAAGCACCAGGGAAGAUAACUUCUACGUGAAUGAGACGACCACGGUGAAGGUGCCCAUGAUGUUCCAGUCGAGCACCAUCAAGUACCUGAACGACUCGGUGCUCCCCUGCCAGCUGGUACAGCUGGACUACACGGGCAACGAGACCGUCUUCUUUGUCCUCCCAGUCAAGGGGAAGAUGGACACGGUCAUUGCCAUGCUGAGCCGGGACACCAUUCAGAGGUGGUCCAAGUCCCUGACCAACCGCCUGGUGGACCUGUACAUCCCGAAGAUCUCCAUCUCCGGAGGCUACGACCUCGGGGGCAUCAUGGGGGACAUGGGCAUUGCAGACUUGCUCAACAACCGGACACAUUUCUCAGGCAUCACCCAAGAGGCCCUGCCGAAGGUGUCAAAGGUGGUCCAUAAGGCCACGCUGCAGCUGGAUGAGAGGGGCGUGGAGGCAGCCGCCCGCACCCAGGUCCACCGGAACUCGGCGCCCGCGCCUCUCACAAUCCGCUUCGACCGGCCCUUCGUUGUCAUGAUCUUCGACGACUUCACGUGGAGCAGCCUCUUCCUGGGCAAGACAAACAAGAGCUGAGGAGGCUUAUCAUCUUCACUAAAGAGUUUUUUUAAGUAGUUCUUUAUGGAGAAACAAGAUGAUUCUAGAUGGACACACAAAAGAAUGAAGAGCCCUGGAAAGAGUAAAUAUGUGGUCAAAGAUAAAAUAUUUUAAAAUAUAUUUAAAGUAUAAUUAACUGUUUAAAGCAAAAAUAGUUAUCGAUUUAUUGCUUUUCGACUCCAAAUCCUCCCUUCAUUGCUGCUCUGCAAAAACCAAUCUGGACCUUUUUAAAUAGCUUUACUGUGCCCCUGGGCAUGAUAUUAAACUUUGUCAAUAGAGGGCGCUAGAGAAAGAUCGCAGGAGGAAGAGACCUUAUUCUCACAGUUCAGGACAAAAAGCAUUAAAUGAGAUAAAAGAGAACCAGAUGGAUAGAUAGAUAAAUAGAUUACAUAGGUGAUAGGAAGAUAAUAGAUAGAUAGAUGGAUGGAUAGAUAGAUAGAGAUAGAUUAUAGAUAGAAAAUAGAUGAUAUAUAGAUAAUUAGAUGAUAGAUAUAGCAUAUUUCUUGAGAGAAAGGAAUUGAGCGAUACUUCCUUAAAUAUACAUAUUUAUAUGUUUCUAAAGUCAGCAUCUUAAUAAGAAAACACUAAAUACAUUCCCACUGCUGUAAGACAAGGCUACUCAUUAUAUUCACUACCAUUUCACAUAGUCCUGGGGGUAUUAGACAAAGCAAUUAAACAAGAGAAAGUAGCGGCAUAGAAUUGUAAACUCUCUCUAUUUGCAGAUGACAUGUAAUAUACUUGCAUAACCCUAGCAAAUCAAUGAUAAAACAAACUCAAACAAUAAAGAUUUCAGCAAGGUACCAGAAUAUAGAAUUAACAUGCAAAAGCAAUGCCUCAUAUACACAAGCAACAAGCAGUUAAAACACAUAAUGGAAGAGAAAACCCAAUCACAACCAAAAGGAUAUAACACUUAGAAAUAAACAAGAAAUGUGCAGAAUCUAUAUAGAGAAAAUUAUAAAAUAUUCCUUAAAGAUGCAAAAUUAGACUUGAACAAAUGCAAAGAUAUUCCUUCUUGAAUAAGAUGCUCAACAUCAUCUAGAUAUCAGUUUUCCCUAAAUUAAUUUAUAAAUUUAAUUGUAUUCCAAUAAAAAUACUAGCAAUUUCUUUUUCUGGAGAUAGACAAGAUAAUACCAAAGUCCAUAUAGAAAAACAAACAUGCAAGAGUAGCCGGAAAACACUGAAAAGAAAAAGAUGUCAGGGACAGGGGGUGGGGAAGAUAGGGGACUGGCUCGACCAGAUGUUAAAGCAUACGGCACAGAUACUUUAAUUAAAUCUAUGGUACUCGUAUAUGAAUAGAUAGGCAGACCAAUGAAAUAGGUUAGAAAGUCUGGCAAUAGACUCAAGUACAAAUGGAAAUUUAAUAUUUGAUAAAGGAAGACUUUUAAAUAAAUGUUAUUGGGACAACUGGAUAGCCAUUUGAAAAACAGAAAGGGUAAAAUUAGACCCAUUCUUCACACCAUACUUAAGAAUAAACUAAGAAUCAGAGAUCUAAAUGAAAAAAAAAACAAACUAUACAAGUACUAGAAGAAAACAUGGGUAAAUUCCUCUAUAAUUUAGGUGUAGAAGAAGGCUUUCCAACCAUGACUCAAAGUCCAGAUGAAAUUUUUAAAAGAAUUGAGAAAUUUGACUAUAUAAAAAUAUUUUUUAAUUGCGUGGUAAAAAUUCAUAAGCAAAGUCAACAGAGGUGAAAACCUGAAAGAAGAUAUUUGCAAGGUAUGUCACUGAUAGAGCUAAUAUCCUUAAUAUGUGGUGUUUAAACAUAUGAAAAUACGUUUCACUUCACUGAAUAA